UAUAUGUUUCUUUUAAUUGUUAAGUUAUAUAGAUUCCUUGCUGUUCCUUAUCUGUGCUUAUCAGAAUAACAAAGAGCUCUUGUCCAAAGGCCCAUACAGAGGACAUGAUGAAGAGUUGAUAUCACAUUAUAGAAGAGAAUGUUUACUAAAAUUAAAUGAGCAAGCUGCAGAACUGUUUGAAUCUGGAGAGGAUCGAGAAGUAAACAAUGGUCUGUUUAUUAUGAAUGAGUUUAUUGUCCCGUUUUUGCCCUUGUUAUUGGUGGAUGAAAUGGAAGAGAAAGAUAUACUCGCUGUGGAAGAUAUGAGAAAUCGAUGGUGUUCUUACCUUGGACAAGAAAUGGAGUCACAUCUCCAAGAGAAGCUGACAGAUUUCCUGCCCAAACUGCUCGAUUGUUCUACGGAGAUUAAAGGUUUCCAGGAGCCGCCGAAGUUACCUGCGUAUUCCACGCUGGAACUGUGUGAGCGCUUUACCCGAAUCAUGCUGUCCCUCAGCCGGACUCCUGCUGAUGGAAGAUGAACGGCACACACUUGCCCUAAACACACUGUAUAAACUUGUUUUAGUUCUUAACCCUUGCCUUCCUGUCACAGGGUUUGCUUGUGCUGCUAUAGUUUUUAACCUUUUUUAUUUUAAUAACUGCAGAAGAAAAAAUAACUAUACAGACUUUAGCCGGACUGCAAACAAUAAAGCUGAGACUCGCAUGGCACUCAGACUUUAUUUUAACCAGAACUCAUGUCUAAUUACAAAUCUGAUUGACUUUACUAUGGCAAAACCAUGUUUUCGCCGCCUUUCUGUUACAGUGUCACUUUGCUUUUAUCUUUACCUACAGCUUUCCAUUCAGUCUGGACCCUUCCGUGACCACAGCCAUUUAAGUGUUCGGCACUGNG